GCCUGGAACAAACCUCGCCUGAGCUUGUGGGCAGAGCCGGGAGCAGGGAAAGCUGGGAGCAGGAGAGAGGCAGCUCACGCUGCCGGCUGAGUCACCCCGAGCGUAUAAAAUCAAGGCGAAGCAGUCGGAGCCACUCGGAGCGGAGGCACGAGGCACCGGGACUUUUGGACAGGAAACAGAUCUUGCAAACUGCAAGCACCUCGGAGAAGGAUGUUGUCACCCUUGCUCAUCCUCCCUCUGCUGCUGGGGACCACAGCACAUGGCCUGGUGAGCAGAGCAGCAUCCAGGGAUGUCACCACCUUUUUCCAGCUGGCUCAGGAGGACACUUGGGAGAAUGUUAAUCUCACCAGCAUGUCCUGUGAGGAUCAGAAGAACAGGACGUGGAUCACCCUGCAGCUGACCAACAGGAGCCUGACAGCUUUCCCAGUCUGCCUUCCAGAGGCUCUGGAGAGCCUGGAUCUCAGCAAUAACCUCUUGGAAGAGGUGAAUGGCACAGAGAUAGCAAACCUGCCACAGCUGCGUGUCCUCUCGCUGAGGCACAACCACCUCUGGUCAGUGAGGUGGGGAUCUGAAGCCCUCAGCAGUCUCCUCGAGCUGGACUUGAGCUUUAAUAAGCUGUCAUCUGUGCCAUCCUGCCACAGCUCUGUUCUGCCUAACCUGAGGUGGUUGUCCUUGGCUGGAAAUCCCCUGAUUGAAAUCCAGCCACUGGCUUUUUCCUGCUACCCUCAACUGCAGGUCCUGAACCUCUCUGUGACACUGCUCGGGCAGGAUGACAGCAGAGGAAUUAGGGACUCUGCUUUUGCCAUCAGCACAGAUCCCAACGAGGCCAUGAACAGGCCUGGAAACUCCAUCAAUGUGCUUGAUCUGAGCGGGACCUUUUUUGAGAAAAUUCAACCAGAGUGGGCCAGAGAUUUGGCCAACCUCACAUCACUUCACCUGACAAAGAUGCCACGGUUAAGAAGCCUCGACAGCAGCUUCUUCAAGUCCCUGCCUGGUCUCCGAGAGCUGCACUGUCAGGACUCCCAUUCCCUGGGUUUCGUGCAGACAGAGAUGUUUCACAGUGCCCCUCACCUGAGCCAUCUCUCAUUUGAGAACUGUAACCUGAGUUCCUUUAAUCCUUGGAGCACCAAUUCAUCGGAUGGCAUCACCAUCAACUUGUACGGGAAUCCUCUGCUGUGCAACUGCCAGCUCUCCUGGCUGCUGUCCAAGCCCGAGAAAGUUAUUCUGCAAAAGGCUUGGGAGACCUUUUGUACAUCCCAGGAAGAUUCGGGCAGACCUUCGACAUCUUUUUCACUGCUGGAGCUCUACAACAAAUGCCAGUCAGAGAGCAACGUUACACAGCCCAACUCAAGCACAGCCCUUCCUGAUGGUGAUGCUUUCAGCUUCACCAGCGAUGAUGCCUCUGCUGCAGUAACAACAGACUCAGCUCUGCUGACCACAGAUUUGACUCACACCAGCUCCUUAAUCCAGAGGCAUGUGGUGAGCACUGCAGCAUUCAACCCAGUGCUAACCAAAGACACCUAUACCAGCUCCCUAAUACAGAGGGAUGCAAGGAGCACAGCAACAUCCAACCCAGUGCUAACCAAAGACACCUAUACCAGCUCCCUAAUACAGAGGGAUGCAAGGAGCACAGCAACAUCCAACCCAGUGCUAACCAAAGACACCUAUACCAGCUCCCUAAUACAGAGGGAUGCAAGGAGCACAGCAACAUCCAACCCAGUGCUAACCAAAGACACCUAUAUCAGCUCCCUAAUACAGAGGGAUGCGAGGAGUACAGUAGCAUCCAACCCAACAGAACCCAUCCUAACAACUACCAACAGUUCCUCCCACGAGGUGGAGGCAGUUUCUGAACCCACAAGCAGUCCCCCUUCCUUGGCAUCUGUAACCUCCUUCCCAGUUUUUCUCCAAGAGCUCUUUGCUCAGUCCCCAGAUCACAGCUCCCCAAGUCCAGCUGGAACAGAACAGCUCCAGAGAGGGCUCAGGACAACCGACACGACAUUCCCUCAAGAAGGGCCAUUCAACCAGACCACCAGUGACUAUUCCACUGGAGGAACAGGAGUCCCCCACACCACCACUCACUCCUCUCACUCCUCCACCACCCAUGCCAGGCACGGUGUCCCCCAGACGAGCCCCCCACAGCUGAACUCCACGAGGAGCAGUGCCCGCUCGGAGCCCGCGCCCACCACGCCAUCGCCCGAUUACCCCGAUGACUACGACUACGAACGGCCAAAGGAGGAAGGCCCGGUGCAAACGGCCCAGGUCGCCUGUGACUACGAUCCCUGCAGGCACCUGCAGAAGCCGUGCAGGGAGCUCCAGAACAUAUCCCAGUGCUCAUGUCCUGGCACAUCGAGGGAAGAUGAGAUUCCAGACCCACCCAGGCUCAGAGCGGUGAUUGAAAUCACUGACAGCUCUGCACAGAUCCGCUGGUGUGCCCCAUAUUCAGUAGUUCACAGCUAUGAGCUGAUGCUUCGUGCCCAGGACAGCGAGGACAGGCAGUUUGUCAUGGACAACAUCUACCCCACGGCCAGGCAGUACACUCUGUACAACCUCCUUCCAUUCACCACGUACCAGAUCUGUGUCACUGCCUCCAACAAAGCAGGGUCAAGCCAGACAACAGGCCAGGAAAUUCCAGGUAAUUCGUGCACCAGCUUUAAAACAAAACCCAACUACAAGUAUGUUUUUGCUGGUCUGUCUGCAGCAAGUGGACUCUUUCUCAUUACCACAAUUAUUUUGUCUGUAUGUCUGUGUAAGGCAUGUAAAAAGCCUCAAAGUGAGCAGUAUGGCACACACUUAGUCUCCUACAAAAACCCAGCAUUUGAUUAUCCCUUAAAAAUACAAACCACUAAUUAGCUCUGGGUGAUUGUUCUAUACAAUCAAAGUUCACUAUCUCCAUCACCUCGGUGUGUUUUUAUGAGACUCUGAAAGUGUCCUUCAGCAAAAUAUGAACCAUCAGAUUCCAUAACCCUGACAUUUCUAAGGGAGAGAAAACCACCAAAGAAAGAGAAAAAUUAAUAACGAAAUUAGUCAACCAGAAAAAAGUCUUUGGACUCCUGUUCCUGUGCUAAGCAGCAGCAAGCCUGGACACUAACCUUGAAAAGUUGUUUUUGUAAUCACCUACCAAUAGAGUAGCAUAAAUCUCACACAGUGAGAGGCUGCCUGGCCAGCUGUCUGCCUCCAGGAUCUCUCAUGAACAAAGUCAGAUGUCAGAUGAGAGUUGCAAUCCAAGGUGCAUUAAGCUUAGCAAGACGUACUCUGCUUUUAUUCACAGAGCAAAGCUGGGGGUUCCGUUUUUUAAAGGUAUUAUCCAUAAAGAGAGUAUAGCUGAAAGGAGUGAGUGGGCUCAGUGACAAGGUCUUGUGCAGAUUAACUCCUCUAAGCAAAUGCAGUGGAUGCAGAUGAUCAACCUAACUUCAGUUCAGGAAAAAGAAACAUGAACUUUAACUGUAGUCACAGACUGUGCAGGAUCCUUAGGGCAGGGGUAAUUAUUUGGUUCUGACUUUUUAUGAGGUUGUGCACAGCUGAGCCUCCCAAGUGCUUCCCCAAAACAAGCUCACAGGCAGUGGGGGGUUUGCAGUACAGCAGUGACCCACAGAAGGGGGGAGGGGAGCACGUUAAUUGCUUCCCAGUGGAUUUUAAGCAGAGAGGAUGUUCCGUCCCAAUCAUCCAUCCCAUCUACAGAUUUAGCAGCUGAUGAUUUACCUCAUACAGAGGCAAAAAGCCAAGUAAUGAAGCAAUUUAAUGUGUGUGCUGCUGAGGCUUGAAAAACCCAAAGCCCCUGCACUAGCAGCAGACAGUUCUGCAGACACCUUCCAAAUGAACCCUUGGGUGCCAAUUUCUGUACAAUAAUAGUAAGAAAUGCUGACAAUCCCAACUUUGAGCUUGCCAUUGGAAUCCAAAGAGGUGUCCCAAUCUGGUAUUUCCCCAGGCUUCAGUUCCAGGAGCAGCCUGUUCCUGCUGCUGUACUGUGCUGUACACACACAGUGCAUAAACCCCUCUGAACUCUGAGGGAAAGGUGCUGUAGUGUGUAAGAGUCUCUGUUCCAUUCUUUUGGGGUUUUUAAUACUUUCAGUAUUACUGAAAUAAAAGCCACAGAGCUAUGUUCUGGUUUUUUUGUUUACUAUCUACAAUGUUUGGCCUGAGAAAUUAACUCCUUUUCUUGUUUUGGAAUGAACUUUCAACACGUAGUAAAGAAAUGUUUUUAUGAUGGUA